UGGGUAAAACGGUAAAAUCAUUUGUAUCAUUUUAGUUUCUGAUCAUUUUUUUUCCCUCUGUUUCUGGCUCUGUUUCCAUCAGAUUCCCAUCAUCAUCCUCUCCUUCCCCGAAUAGAUUUUUCCAUUCCGUUUCAAAUGCACAAAUUCCACAAACUUCAGCAAUCUCCCUGUGUCUCUCAGUCCCUAUUUUCGUUCCUAAGCACCCUCUUCUUUUUUCUCCUCUCUCUUCUUUCCCACAAAACCUAAUUCUUCCAUCCACGCCUCUCUUCUUUCCCCCAUUCAAACCACGGCCCUCCCUCCCUUCUCACAUUUGCAAUUUGGCCUCUUUCUCCCACCCUUGAUUCGCCAACACUCCGACCUUGUUGCGAUUAACCAGCGUUUUGUGUCUCGUUGGGUUUUGAUAAUCUCUUCCGUAUUCAAUAUCGUCAAUUUUUUUUUUUCUUUUUCCCUUUCCUAUAGGGUUUUUCCCCGUUAACCUUGUAGAUUUUAUUUCAAUUUCUCACCAAGAUAUUCCUAUACACUUAUAUUUGUUAUUUUUGCAAUAUAUUUUUGCAUAUACAGUGUUAAUAUCUGAAAUUAUUAGGGUUCUGUGUCUGUGAUCUUUUUCUGAAACGCCCAUAAUUAUUGGCGGCAUUUACAGCGCACAUACCAUUUUCUAAAAAGCCUAUCUGGAACUGCUUGUUGAGCUCUGAAAGUUUCCUUUUUAAGCAUAACUGUCAACGAUUUGGAUAAAUUGUCAGAUUCUGGGGUUUAUUGAACCCCAAAACAACCUCUUUGUAUUAACGUCCAAAGUUACGUCUCUUGCUUUUGAUAUCCGUUUUUUGUCUUCUUUCUUGUUGUUUGUUUUGGGUGGAAGGAGAUAUUGUAGUUAUUGAGGGUUUUGGGGGAGAAAGUCUAAGCUUGCAUGGGCGAACAUGAGGAAUGGGCACAGCCACCGAGUGGGCUAUUGCCGAACGGCCUGUUGCCCAAUGAAGCAGCCUCUGUAAUGCGAGUGCUCGACUCGGACCGAUGGUUGAAGGCUGAGGAAAGGACUGCAGAGCUUAUUGCCUGCAUACAGCCCAACCCUCCGUCUGAGGAGCGCCGAAAUGCGGUGGCAGAUUAUGUGCAGCGGCUCAUUAUGACGUGCUUCCCCUGCCAGGUGUUUACCUUUGGGUCCGUUCCGCUCAAGACUUAUUUGCCUGAUGGUGACAUUGAUUUAACAACCUUCAGUAAGAAUCAAAAUAUGAAAGAAACAUGGGCUCAUCUAGUUCGUGAUAUUCUGGAGAAUGAGGAAAAGAACGAGAAUGCUGAAUUCCAUGUAAAAGAGGUUCAGUACAUUCAGGCAGAAGUGAAGAUAAUCAAGUGUCUUGUGGAAAAUAUUGUGGUGGACAUAUCAUUCGACCAGCUUGGAGGAUUGUGCACUCUUUGUUUCCUCGAGGAGGUUGAUCAUUUGAUAAAUCAGAAUCAUUUGUUUAAGCGUAGCAUUAUAUUGAUAAAGGCCUGGUGCUAUUAUGAGAGCCGGAUUCUGGGUGCUCACCAUGGGCUUAUCUCAACUUAUGCCUUGGAAACCUUGGUUCUUUACAUAUUUCAUGUCUUUAAUAAUUCCUUCGCCGGACCUCUUGAGGUCCUCUAUCGUUUUCUGGAGUUCUUUAGUAAAUUUGAUUGGGACAAUUUUUGUGUAAGCCUAUGGGGUCCUGUGCCCAUUAGUUCACUUCCAGAUGUAACAGCGGAACCUCCUCGAAAUGAUGGUGGAGAGUUACUACUCAGCAAGUUGUUUCUAGAUGCUUGUAGCUCAGUGUAUGCUGUUUUCCCUGGUGGUCAAGAAAAUCAGGGGCAACCCUUUCUUUCCAAACAUUUUAAUGUAAUUGAUCCUUUGCGGGUAAACAACAAUCUUGGCCGUAGUGUCAGUAAAGGUAACUUUUUUAGGAUACGCAGUGCUUUCACAUUUGGCGCUAAAAGGCUGGCAAGGUUACUUGAUUGCCCAAAAGACGACCUAUUGUUUGAAGUAAAUCAGUUCUUUUUGAACACUUGGGAGAGACAUGGCAGUGGCCAUCGUCCUGAUGCCCCGAGGAAUGACUUGUGGCGCUUGGGAUUGUCCAAUUCAGACCACUUAAAUGAGUCUGAGAGUCUCAGGAGUAAUUCAAGUGGCCAAAGAACGGAUUUUUUCUCUAGUCAUGAAAAUGAAAGUCAAGUUGAUGGAACACGAAGUUCGCGUGGUGAUUCCUUCCAGCAUGCGAAUCAUUCCCUAGAAAGUGCAUCUAGAACCAGUGAUGUUUCUACAGUCUCCCAUACUAAAAGUGAAAAUGGAAACCCAAACAACUCGAGGAUAUCCAAUCAGGUUAGACUAGAAAUUAAUUCUAAUCAAGGUACACGUGUGGAUAUGGUUCAGAAAAGUUCUAAAGCUGAUAAAUUGGAGAAUGACAUCCAGGGGAAGUUUGUCUUUGCAAGGACACGUUCCAGCCCUGAGCUUACUGACACGUAUGGUGAAAUUUCUUCUCAUGCAAGGUGUAGUAGAGCCCCAGAAAGUGGAAAAAGCCAGAACUCUUCUGCUAGGUUAGAUAAUAGGAGGAGGAAGAACCCAGGAUCUGAUAUUUUGGCAAGCCAUAGCACUAAAACUGAGGAUCCAUCCGUUAGGCACUUCUCAACCCGUCAAGGUCUAGAUACUGCUGCUGAUUCAAACAAUGUUUCCAAUAGUUACCAUGAAGAGUCAGGUUCAGGAGCUAUGAGUGAAGACUUUGCUACUGUCCUGGGGACACAGGGAAUGCAUCAGGACGAGCAAGAUCUUGUGAACAUGUUGGCAUCUUCUACAGCACAUGGUUUUAAUGGACCGGUUCAUCUUCCACUGAAUAUGGCUUCAGGUCACUUACCACUUCCUCUACCAUCUCCUAUCCCCUCUUCAGUUCUAGCUUCAAUGGGAUAUGCUCCAAGAAAUUUGGGUGGAAUGGUUCCCACAAAUAUCCCAUUUAUUGAGACACCUUGGGGAACAAACAUGCAAUAUCCUCAAGGUUUUCCUUCGCCAUUAACUCCAAAUUUCCCUGGCAUGGGAUGGAGCUCAAAUCCUGAAGAUUUGAUUGAACUUGGUAAGGAGAACUUUCGAUCAGUUGAAAUGAACCACAGGGAAUCUGAUCAUGAUAACUGGCAUGAGCAGGACAGUGGCUCUGCUGGUGGGUUUGAUCUUGAUCAUGAAAGUUUUGAAAUGCUUCAGUCGGAUGACAAGCAACAGUCAACUUCAGCUAGUUUUAAAGUUGUUCCUUCCUCGCGAAUUGCUAGUUCUAAAAUCUCUACAAGAGUUCAACAGAAGGUUACAAAAGAAAACCGAGGGUCAUUAAGGGUAGAUCAUAGAGACAAUGUUGAUUAUCAUGAUAACAGAGGAAAUGAUGUUUACUAUGAUGAUCAAAUUGCAAGUCCAAGAUCAUUGUCCACUGCACCCCCUAGUUCGCUGAGGAGUAGAACUUCUUCAGAGAGUUCUUGGGAAGGAUCCUCGGCAAAGGUCUCAAAGUCAGCCAAGGAAAAACGGGGUAGGAAAACUGUUACAUCUGCUGUGCCAUCUCAUGUAAAAGGUAAGACUGUGUCUGAUCUAUCCUCCACUCAAGCCGACGAUGACAGCAGAGACUGGAGUCCACUCCCAACCAUGGGCACUGAAAUAGUAGAAAGAAGCAGGGGACCUGUUGCUUCUCUAAAUGUUCCAAGCCAUCAAAUUCCUCAAAUGCUUUUAGGUCAUGGUGCACGACAAAGGGUUCCUGAUACUUCUGGAGUUGUUCCCUUGACCUUUUAUCCUACAGGGCCACCUGUUCCUUUUGUUACAAUGCUUCCGGUGUACAAUUUCCCAACAGAGUCAGGAACUUCUGAUGGAGUGACGAAACAUUUAAGUAGGGAAGAGCAGCUGGAUAAUGGUGAUUCUGGUCAGAAUUUUGAUUCAUCCGAGGGACUUGAUCAGCCUGACAUUCUUAACGGUGACUUUGCUAGCCAUUGGCAAAAUUUGCAGUUUGGGCGGUUUUGUCAAAACUCACGGUAUCCUGCUCCUAUGAUUUAUUCUUCACCUGCUGUGAUGCCUCCUGUCUUAUUACAGGGUCGAUUUCCAUUGGAUGGUACAGGGAGACCUCUGUCAGCAAAUAUGAAUGUCUUCACUCAGUUUAUGAAUUAUGGGCAUCGGGUUGUUCCUGUUGCUCCUCAGUCUGUUUCAAAUAGACCUGCUGUUUAUCAAUGUUACGUGGAUGAAAUACCAAAGCAGCGUAGUGGGACCGGAACGUACCUGCCAAAUCCUAAGGUUUCUAAUCCGGACAGACAUUCUACAAGUUCCAGACGUGGGAAUUACAGCUAUGAUAGAAGUGAUCACCAUGGUGAUAGAGAGAGGAAUUGGAACAUUGAUUCAAGGUCACGAGCUGCUGGGCGCAGCCAUGGCCGCAGCCAAGCUGAAAAGCCGAACUCAAGAUCAGACCGGUUAGUGGCAAGUGAGAGUCGAGCUGACAGGUCUUGGGGACCACAUAGUCAUGACUCAUUCCCUUCAUACCAUUCUCAGAAUGGUUCAGUUUGCUCAAACUCUAUGCGGACUGGUCCUGCCAAUGUGGCAUAUGGAAUGCAUCCAAUACCAUCCAUGAAUUCCAGUGGGGUUUUGUCAAAUGGACCUACCAUUCCACCUCUCGUUAUGCUGUAUCCUUAUGAUCAUAGUACUGGCUAUGGAUCACAUGCUGGACAGCUUGAGUUUGGAUCACUUGGACCUGUGGGUUUCUCAGCUGUGAAUGAAGUAUCACAACUGAAUGAGGGAAGCCAAUGUAGUGGGGGAUUUGAAAUUCAUGGUGUUUCUGCUCAACGGUCCUCACCAGAUGAGCCUUCUUCACCCCAUAUCCAGAGUUGUGGAGCUGCCAGCUUCUGGUUGACCCAAUAGUAUGGGUCCAGCUCUUCGCCACGCCUAACAGGGGGAUUUGAUUAUUUAACAGAUCGGUAACUCAAGAGGAAAUAUCAGUGGAAAGCUGAGGAUUUUCUGCCUCUUGCAUUUCCAACCGAGGGAAUGAUAAUGGGAGAAAUUAUGAUGGGAAACCCUUCUCGUUUUCGAACGAGAGAUGCCAUGAUUGAGGAAGAAUUGGCUAUCUGAUUUGAACAUAUCUUAAUAUGUUUCUCAUGGAAAGGUCACCCUUAAGUGCUGGCCUUGUGCUUGUUUGUACAAUACAUAGUUGGAUGUGCUCUGUUUUCAAGGAUGACAGAGUUUCGGUGGUGCUGGAUGCAGGAAAUUAGUUAGUUUUUCUUUUUAGGCUGAUAACUUGUAACCCCACUGAAAUAGGAACUCCAUGGGCUUCGAAUUUAGGAUUUUGCUUAUAAAUUUCUUCUGUCAGGAUUCUCUCUUACACAAUGUAUUAGGGUUUUUUCAUUAAUAUGCUCAUCAUAGCGCAGCUCUUUUAUUAAUUUGCCCAAGAUGUUACCUAUGUAUCAAUAACAAUGAUAAUUUGGGAUGAAAAAUUCUGCCUAGCUUUGACUAUGGUGUUCGUUUUCUUUCUUCUUUAUGUGGCAAGGCAAAGGACUUGAUGAAGAAGCAGGGUUUAGAAGAGGAAGAAUGGCAAGAACCAAAUGAAAACCCCCUCUUUAUAGAAGGUAUAAGAGAUAUUCUUCGUAUAGCAGGUAAGUGCUCAUACUU